AUGUCUAAAUCGCUUUGCAUCUUCCUCUUCCUCUUCCUGACCUUGUUUGCAAAUGCAACAUUCUCACUAUCCUUCGACAUGUCUCCCAUCACAAAAUCGGACGGCGGCCGCCUCAACCUCACCGGGGACGCCUACAUUACCGAGGAAGGCAUUCAAGUCACAACCAACGAGCACGACCAAGCCCAGGGCGGUCGAGUUGGCCGCGCCACGUACUCCGAGCUCCUGCAUUUGUGGGACAAAGCCUCGCAACAAAUGGCCGAUUUCUCCACCCACUUCUCCUUUGUCAUAGAUUCGUCUGGCAGCUACAACUUCGGCGACUGCCUUGCCUUCUUUCUGGCUCCCUACGGCUCCACCAUCAAGCCAUGGGCAAGCGGCAGCGGCCUCGGCCUCGGCAACGCCACUUCUCUCUCGGUGUUGGACACAUUCGUCGCGGUGGAGUUCGACACGUACCCCAAUCCUGUCAUCGACCAGCCUUAUGACGGCCGUUUCGUCAUCCCGCACGUGGGAAUCGAUAUCGGCAAUGUGAGCUCGGUAGUAACAAAGACAUGGUACAACAAUAUAUCUGCAGGCUGGCAAAAUGAUGCUUGGAUUCAUUACAAUUCCAGCACUAACUUAUUAAAGGUCAUUUUCACAGGCAACAAUAGCGGAAUAUUCCGACGGGACGACCUCCUCUACGAGGUCGAUCUCCGAAAUCACUUGCCGGAAUACUUCACCGUCGGAUUCUCAGCUGCCACCGGAGCCUCCUUCGAGAAAAACAACGUCAAGUCUUGGAAUUUCUCUUCGACUGUUCUGGCUUCCGAUAAACUAGUGUCAAGUGACACAACACAACCACAACCUGUCAACAAUGGCGGAAAGGAAACGGAAAGCCAACAACCUCAAGCCUCCAACAAAGGCGCAAAGAAGAAAAGACUGAUAUUUGGACUUGGUGGUGCAGGUGCCGCCAUAAUCUUCAUCAUCCUUGCUUCCACUUCCACAUUCUGUUUCUUGUCAAGAAACAAGAAAAAAAAGGAGUCUGAGGAGGAGCAUCACAUGUACAAGGGGCUAGACUUGGAGGAGCAGCAAUUGGAUAACGUGUUCGAAAUUGGCAACGGCCCGAAAAUAUUCUCCUACAGAGAAUUGGUCGAUGCAACGAAUGAUUUUGCAGCGGAGAAUAAGCUUGGCGAAGGUGGUUUUGGUAGCGUAUACUAAGGCUUCUUGCCAGCAAUGAAUAUUUGGAUUGAUGUGAAAAAGGUGUCUGAGGGCUCGAAGCAAGGCCGGAAAGAGUAAGAAUCGGAAGUGAAGAUCAUCAGCCAGAUGAGGCACAAGAAAAUUGUGUAACUCAUGGGGUGGUGCCAUAGAAGCGCGGAGCUUCUACUAGUCUACGAGUUCAUGCCCAACGGGAGCUUGGACUAUCAUUUGUUCAAAAACGAAUCAUCCGUCCUUACAUUGGUAGCUUCUGCAAUUCUGUACCUCCACGAAGACCAGUCAAGGAAAUACGUGGUCCACAGGGAUGUCAAAGCGAGCAACGUGAUGCUCGAUCACAACUUCAACGCGAAGCUAGGGGACUUUGGAUUAGCCCGCCUCGUUGAUCACGAUAAAGACCUCCAUUCCACCCUUCCUGCAGGGACCAUCGGGUACAUUGCGCCCGAGUACUCGGCCACGGGCAAGGCGAGCAAGGAGACGGACAUCUUCAGCUUCGGGAUCGUGUUGCUCGAAACAGCCUGUGGGAGGAAGCCGGUGGAUCACAGGCUCCCCGGAGAAAAAGUGUUGUUGAUGGAGUGGGUGUGGGGCCUGUACGAGUCCGGGAAGGUGCUCGAUACAGCGGAUCCGAGGCUUUGCUUUUCGAGACUUGAGGUGCAGAAGAUAGUGCGGUUGAUGGUGGUGGGGUUGUGGUGUGUGCAUCCGCUGAGCGGGAGGAGGCCGACGAUAAGGCAGGUGGUGCGGGCGUUUACGUCCGAGGAUCCGCUGCCGAACCUGCCUCUAGCAAUGCCGAAGGCUGUUUAUGAUGAUAACGCUGCUUCGGCAUCCGCAUCGGCAUUGGCAUCGGCAUCUCAAGUAGCUACCACGAAUUCGAGUAGUCAUGUGGUUAUCAGCGGUUCUUCGAGUUUAACCAUAUCUUCUGGAGGUUUUGCCUCCGAUUUGUUGCCCAGUUAG